UCAAUUUGGCAGUUCUUUACAUCGUGUGCGAUUUCCGGCUAUAUGAAUUUUUUCAAUUAAAACCCGAAAAUAAAUUAUUAAACUGCAGAAAACCAUCGCAACAUGAAAAUCCUUGUUAACAAAUCGAAUCCACCACUUGGUGGUCUGCUUGCUGCAGAGCUUUAUAGGUCGUUGGUAAAGAAUGUAGAGAUCGUAUGGAGUGGAGAAUCCUCGGUUGCACUGCCAAACUCGAAGAAAUCGGUGCCAUAUGGAACUAGCAAUGACUUAAUAAGAAUACUUGAAAAUGCCUUCAAUAAAAUGGAUGGGCCACUCCAGAGGCUCACUAUGAAUCAUUGGUUGUCCUUUAGCCUUAUUCUGGAAGAGGAUCUUCAAAAAUCAUUGGAAUAUUUAGACAAAAUUCUUGGUCCAUUGACUUAUUUAGUGGGAGAAUCCUUGUCAGUUUCUGAUUUAGCUGUGUUCAGUGUUUUAUAUGCAUCAACCAAGUACAAGGAAAUACUUGAAUCACAUUCACUAAACAAUGUUCAGCGAUGGUUCAAACUUGUGGAAGCCCAUGAUGCAGUUUCUAAAGCAUUAAAGGAACUGCCUAAUGAUGUUCUUGACAACCUUUCCAAGGCUUCUCAAAGGAGAUCUCCAGUUGCCAAAGAUGUUGUAUCUGGUAGGCUACAGGAAGGCAAGUUCAUUGACCUGCCCCACGCUGAAAUGGGCAAAGUAGUUGUGCGUUUCCCACCUGAGGCAUCAGGAUACCUUCACAUUGGGCAUGCUAAAGCGGCUUUGCUCAAUCAGUACUAUCAACAAGCAUUUGAAGGAAAACUUAUUAUGAGAUUUGAUGACACCAACCCUGCUAAGGAGAAUGCUGAUUUUGAAAAAGUGAUCCUGGAAGAUGUAGAGAUGUUAGAGAUCAAGCCGGAUAUAUUCACACAUACGUCUCAGUACUUUGACCUGAUGCAAAACUUGUGUGAGAAGCUUAUUAAGGAGGGCAAAGCAUUUGUCGACGAUACACCUCCAGAACAGAUGAAGAACGAGCGAGAACAGAAGAUUGAGAGCAAGAAUAGGAGCAAUUCUGUGGAGAAGAACCUACAGCUAUGGGAAGAGAUGAAGAAAGGUAGUGAAGUGGGAGUACGUAACUGUGUGCGGGCCAAGAUUGAUAUGCAGUCGACAAACGGCUGUUUGCGAGACCCCACCAUAUACCGCUGCAAACCAGAGCCACAUCCCCGCACUGGCACUAGCUACAAAGUGUAUCCAACAUACGACUUCGCGUGUCCGAUCGUGGAUUCCAUAGAGGGAGUGACGCAUGUGCUGCGAACUAUGGAGUAUCACGACCGCGACCCGCAGUUCUACUGGUUCAUCGACGCUCUCGGCCUUAGGAAACCGUACAUUUGGGAAUACAGCAGAUUGAGCAUGACGAACACUGUGUUGUCCAAGAGAAAGUUGACGUGGUUUGUUGAACAAGGACUAGUUGAUGGAUGGGACGACCCUCGAAUGCCGACCGUCCGCGGUGUGUUGCGGCGCGGCAUGACGGUGGAGGGGCUGCGCCAGUUCAUCCAGGCGCAGGGCUCGAGCCGCUCCGUCGUCUUCAUGGAGUGGGACAAGAUAUGGGCCAUCAACAAGAAGGUGAUAGACCCAAUAGCACCUCGAUACACGGCCCUAGAAACUAGUCCAGUGCGAGUAAACCUCAAGGGCGUACAGUCAGACACCAGUUUAAAGGUCCCGUUACACCCCAAAAACCCUGACGUCGGAACCAAAACGAUAUGGGUAUCAAAAACCCUACUCAUAGAUCAGCCAGAUGCGAAGGCUCUUAAAGAGGGAGAAAAUGCAACGUUCAUUAAUUAUGGGAAUGUUAUGAUUGACAAGAUUCACAAAGCUUCGGACGGAACGGUCACAAGUAUAGAUGCUACACCAAACCUUGAAAACAAGGACUUUAAGAAAACUAUCAAACUAACAUGGCUCGCUGAAACACCACAGUCGCCCACAGUGGAAACCUACUGUGUAUACUUCGAUCAUAUCAUAUCCAAACCACUGCUGGCCAAAGACGAGGACUUUAAACAGUAUAUUGGACAUCAGACGAGAUGGGAGGUCCCCAUGUUGGGCGAGUCCGCUCUAAGCGCGGUGAAGGUGGGCGACAUCCUCGAGCUGCAGCGGCGAGGCUUCUUCCGCGUGGACGUAGCGCCCGCGCCGCCCUCGCCGCACACCGGCCGCGCCACGCCGCUCAUACUGUUCCACGUGCCCGACGGACGCACGAAGGAAAAGUCAAAACCAGUUCAAUCGACGCUAGCCAAGGACAUAGUGGUCGCGCCUCCGACCGUUAGCGACUCGACCAAGCUAAAUGACGAAAUUGUCAAACAGGGUGACUUAGUUCGGUCACUCAAGUCCGCCAAGGCUGAAAAGGCCAAGGUGGAUAUAGCAGUCAAACAGCUGUUGGAACUCAAAGCCAAGUAUAAAGCAGAGACGGGCCAGGACUGGAAACCAGGCGCUGCUGCUCCGGCUCCAGUAUCAGUCCCUGCAUCAGGAAAUGACGCUUCAACGCUAAACGCUGAAAUCACCAAGCAAGGUGACUUGGUCCGCUCGCUUAAGGGGGCGAAGGCUGAAAAGGCUAAAGUUGACGAGGCAGUCAAAACCUUAUUGGAAUUGAAAAAUAAAUAUAAAGCAGCUACUGGUCAGGAUUGGAAACCAGGUGUAGUUGCGGCUCCAGUAGCAGCCCCUGCAUCAGGAAAUGACGCUUCAACGCUAAACACUGAGAUCACCAAACAAGGUGAUUUGGUCCGCUCGCUGAAGGCGGCGAAGGCUGACAAGUCCAAAGUUGACGAGGCAGUCAAAACCUUAUUGGAAUUGAAAAAUAAAUAUAAAGCAGCUACUGGUCAGGAUUGGAAACCAGGUGUUCUUCCGGCUCCAGCAUCAGGAAAUGAUGCUUCGACGCUAAAUACUGAGAUCACCAAGCAAGGUGACUUGGUCCGCUCCUUGAAGGCAGCAAAAGCUGAAAAGGCCAAAGUUGACGAGGCAGUGAAAACCUUAUUGGAAUUGAAAAAUAAAUAUAAAGCAGCUACUGGUCAGGAUUGGAAACCAGUCGCUACACCAGUUCCCGUUGUUACAUCAAAAUCGGACGAUCCAGCGAUGUUAGACCAAGAGAUCACUAAACAAGGCGACCUAGUUCGCUCCCUUAAAGCAAGCAAAGCUGAAAAGGCAAAAAUAGACGAGGCAGUUAAGGUUCUUCUAGAACUUAAGACCAAAUAUAAGGCAGCUUCCGGUCAGGAUUGGAAGCCAAGCGCAGCGCCGGUAGCGAAAGUUCAAAUGACUGACGACGCGAAAGUGGAUGAAGUUUUGUCGCAAAUAACGGCGCAGGGCGAUAAAGUGCGCAAACUAAAAUCAGAGAAGGCCGAAAAGGGUGUCGUUGAUGUUGAGGUGACCAAUCUAUUGAACCUUAAGGCACAGUACAAGGCUUUAACUGGCACUGAAUAUACACCUAAGGCAACACCGCCUCAAGAUUCGAAAAAGAAAAACGAUAAGAGUUCUGCUAAAGCACCAACAAAUCAGAACGGAGAACCUUCGACAGAAGUAAAGCAGCAGCCCAAGCCCAAGAAAGUGGAAAAGGCUCCAAAACCUCAGAAGCCGGUUAAAGAAGAGACGUCAACAGGUGUGAAGAAGAUCACUCGACUGGGACUGGAAGCUAGCAAGGAGACAGAUUUGCCAGAAUGGUACUCGCAGGUCAUCACCAAAUCGGAAAUGAUCGAUUACUAUGACAUAUCCGGCUGCUACAUCCUGCGGCCGUGGUCCUACAGCAUCUGGGACGUGAUCCGCAACUUCCUCAGUACGCACUUCAGGAAACUCGGCGUUAAAGACGGAUACUUCCCUAUAUUUGUAUCAAAGGCGGCGCUAGAACGUGAAAAGGACCACAUAGCGGACUUUGCGCCCGAAGUAGCUUGGGUGACACAUUCGGGCACGUCCGAACUAGCGGAACACAUCGCCAUCCGCCCCACGUCCGAAACCGUCAUGUACCCGGCCUAUGCGAAGUGGAUUCAGAGCCAUCGCGACCUGCCCUAUAAGCUCAACCAGUGGAACAAUGUUGUGCGAUGGGAGUUCAAGCAGCCGCAGCCAUUCCUCAGAACUCGCGAGUUCUUAUGGCAAGAGGGACACACAGCGUUCCGGACACAAGAGGAGGCUGCCGAGGAAGUACUACAAAUUUUGGAUCUAUACGCACGCGUGUACGAGGAAUUGUUGGCCGUACCGGUCAUAAAGGGCCGUAAGACAGAGAAGGAAAAGUUCGCCGGUGGAGACUACACCACCACUGUGGAAGCGUACAUACCGGCCAGUGGAAGAGGAAUACAGGGUGCGACGAGUCACCAUCUAGGACAGAAUUUCUCGAAAAUGUUCGAGAUAGUUUACGACGAUGCCGAGACUCAAGAGAAAAACUACGUUUACCAAAACUCUUGGGGCCUAACUACGAGGACCAUAGGCGUCAUGGUCUUGGUUCACGGGGACGACCGUGGACUGGUGCUACCUCCGAGGGUCGCAGAAAUCCAAGCCAUAGUGGUUCCGUGUGGAAUUACCGCCUCCAGUACUGCUGAAGAGCGCAAGAGCCUCAUCGACUCGUGUAAACAACUCGUUGAUGAGUUGAUGAGUGCGGGCAUCCGGGCUGAAGGCGACUACAGGGACAACUACUCGCCGGGCUGGAAGUUCAACCAUUGGGAGCUCAAGGGUGUUCCAAUCCGGGUGGAACUGGGUCCCAAAGACAUGGCGCGAGGCGAAGUAGUAGCCGUGCAGCGCCUCGAUGGCGAUAAGAUGACCCUCAAGCGGACGGAGACGCCCAACAAGCUGCUGGCGCUAAUGGACCAGAUCCACGACGCUAUGCUGGCUAAGGCGACUGCGGAGCGCGACGCGCGCGUGUCGCUGGUGACGCAGUGGGACGACUUCGUCGGCGCUCUGGAGCAGAAGCACAUGCUGCUGGCACCGUUCUGCGGACUCACGCCGUGCGAGGACAGCAUCAAAAAUGAUAGCGCCAGGACUGAUGAUGAUCCUACAUCGGAAGUCAAAGGGCCAGCGAUGGGUGCCAAGUCCCUGUGCAUCCCCUUCACCCCGCCGCGUCAACUCACCGACGGCGAUCGCUGCAUCCACCCGGCUUGCAGGAACAAACCUAAAUUCAUCACCCUCUUUGGACGAAGCUACUAGAAGGAAUUUACUUACAGAUUUUUUCUUACGAAAAAUAAUAAAUUAUUGAUUUCUA